AUGGCGCUGCGGCCCGGGCCCGGCGCGGGGGGCGCCGGCGGGGCGGGCGGAGGAGCGGCCGGGGCCGCCAGCUUCAUGUUUCCUGUCGCAGGCGGUUUAGGUCCCCCUCAAGGGAUGAUUCCUAUGCAACAGCAAGGAUUUCCAAUGGUUCCUGUCAUGCAGACCAAUAUGCCAGGGAUGAUGGGAAUGAAUUAUGGCUCUCAGAUGCCUCCUGGAGCCAUGACCAUGCAGGGUGGCAUGGCCCUGGGGCCGAUGCCAGCAGCUGGAAUGCCCUACAUGGGACAGGCCUCUUUCCUGGGAAUGCGCCCGGCCGCCCCGCAGUACACCCCCGACAUGCAGAAGCAGUUUGCAGAGGAGCAGCAGAAGAGGUUUGAGCACCAGCAGAAGUUCUUAGAGGAGGAAAGAAAACGGCGGCAGUUUGAAGAGCAGAAACAAAAGCUGAGACUCCUGAGCAGUGUGAAACCCAAGACAGGUGAAAAAAGCAGAGAUGAUGCUUUGGAAGCCAUUAAAGGGAACUUAGAUGGCUUUUCAAGAGAUGCUAAAAUGCACCCAACACCAGCAACACAUCCAAAAAAGCCAGAUCAUCCCACACCAUCCCAUUGUGCUGUAUCUGUUUCCCAUUCUGCUUUUCUCGAUGAUGAAGAAUUUAGUGACUUUAUGCAAGGGCCUGUUGAAACCCCCAAACUGGUGCCUCAAUCCACCUCUCAGCCUUUCCAUCCUGCCACUGAGGCUGGGCAGCUGCUUUCAGAGAGGGCUGUGCUCCAACCUGUCCCUCCAGCCCAGGCUCCAGUAUUAUCCACCCUGCAUGGUACAACUGGGCAGGUUCCUUAUUUUCCUACCUCUGCAUCUCCAUCCAAUACCCAUAAAACAGGCUCUUCCUUGGAGGAGAAAGCCUUAGCUAAUGGCUCAGAUGAAUCUGAACAAGAGCAAACCAAACUUAAAACAUCUGAAGUUGGGCACAAAGCCUCGGCUGCAAGCCAAGCCUAUCCCAGUCUCACCAGCGGUGACUGGGAUGUUGUAGGUGGACAUGAAAGUGGUCCCACUGCUGCUGCAGAGGUGCACAAGGCUUCAGAACAAAACAGAGCAGUUGAAGAGUGUGGAGUUGGAGUGUUCCCUCCCCAGGACCCCAUCCAGCAAAUUAUGCCUCCCUGGAUUUACAACGACAGCUUGGUCCCAGAGCUGUAUAAGAAAAUCUUAGAAACCACUUUGACUCCUGCUGGAAUUGACACAGCCAAGCUCUACCCCAUCCUGAUGUCCUCAGGGCUGCCCAGGGAGACCCUGGGGCAGAUCUGGGCUUUGGCCAACCGCACCACGCCCGGGAAGCUCACCAAGGAGGAGCUCUACUCCGUGCUGGCCAUGAUAGCAGUGACACAGAGAGGGAUCCCUGCCGUGAGCCCCGACGUGCUCAACCAGUUUCCAGCCGCGCCCGUCCCCACGCUGUCCGGCUUCCCGGUGCCGCUGCCCGGCGGGGUGAGCCAGCCCCCGCUGCUGCCCGCCGCUCCCCCGGCCUCCGUGGGGCUGGGCAUCGGGCCCUCCGUGAUGGGCAUGAGCAUCCCCGGCCCUGCUCCGGCCGCGGCCGCGCCUCCGGCCCCGGCCCCGGCCCCGGCUCCAGCGGGAGGAGCUGCAGCACAACCUUCCGGAGCCUUCCUGCCCUCCUACCCGCCCGGCCAGGCAGUAAAACCGGAAGAUGAUGACUUCCAGGAGUUUCAGGAUGCCUCGAAGUCUGGCUCCCUGGAUGACUCCUUCACUGAUUUCCAGGGGGAUGCAGCCAAAGCAGCCAGUUCACAGCACCGGAGCAGUGUUCCUUCUUUACUAAUGCCACUCCCAGGUACUAAGCCGCUCUCACCAGCUGAUAAAUAUGCUGUGUUUAAAGGAAUGGCAGCUGAGAAACCUUCUGAGAGUGCAGCUGCUUUUGGAGAUGGAGGGGACAAGUACAGCGCUUUCCGGGAAUUAGAGCAACCAGCAGAAAGCAAAUACUUGGGAGAGAACCUUGCAGAGUUCAAGCCCACAGGAGCUGAUGAUGGUUUCACAGAUUUCAAAACCGCUGACAGCAUCUCCCCGUUAGAGCCGCCCUCCAAAGACAAAACCUUCCCUGCACCCUUCCCUCCUCUGCCCGCCCAGCCAAAACAGCCAACACAAGCCAAGACCCCUUUGAAUCUGGCAGACUUGGAGCUCUUUUCCUCUCCUGGAGAAAACAAGCAGCCAUCCUUCCCACCUGCCUUUAACACCUCAAAAGCGGGCUCCUUUCCCCCGCCACCCCUUCCAUCCGCCUCUGCCCAGCCAGCACCCGGCAAAACUUCAAGCUUAGCUGAUGACUUUGGAGAGUUCAACCUUUUUGGGGAAUUUUCUAACGGCGCAUCGGCCGGCGGACAGGAUGACUUUGCAGAUUUUAUGGCUUUCAACAACAGCGGGGGGUUUUCCGAACAAAAACCCGAUGACAAAUACAACGCCCUCAAGCCGGAGGCCGGCCCUGGAGCUCAGGCUGGCUCCUCAGCCAGCACAGCGAAGGGUGGGCAGAGCUCUGCCGCCGCUGCUACGCCCACCAAAUAUGACAUCUUCAAGCAGCUGUCCCUGGAAGGCUCCGGAGCGGGCUUCGAGGAGGCCAAGGACAGCGCGCUCUCCUCAGUGAAGAGCGACGAUGACUUUGCUGACUUCCACUCCAAGUUUUCUUCUGGCGGCGCCGAGAAGUCGCUGGUGGACAAAGUGGCGGCUUUCAAGCAGGCCAAAGAGGACUCUGCUUCGGUGAAAUCCCUGGAUCUGCCUUCCAUCGGAGGCAGCAGCGUGGGCAAGGAGGACUCCGAAGACGCGCUGUCUGUUCAGUUUGACAUGAAACUGGCUGAUGUGGGAGGAGAUCUUAAGCAUGUCAUGUCUGAUAGCUCUUUGGAUUUGCCAACAGUUAGUGGCCAGCAUCCACCAGCAGCAGAUGUGGAUGACAUAAAGGGUGGCCCCUUUGGAAGCUGUCACAGUGGCUCUGCAGUCAGCAGCCUGGCGAGCUACGACUGGUCCGGCUCCGACAGGGACGACGUCCAGCAGGGCAAGAAGCUCUCCUGCUCCGCGCAGCCCUCGGGGAGCGGCUCCUCCGCGGCCACCUCUGUCCUCCAGAAGAAGGAGACCUUGUUUGGCAGCUCAGAAAACAUCACCAUGACGACGGUUUCCAAAGUGACAACCUUCUCCAGCGAGGAUGCUCUGCAGGACGUCUCCUUCGCAGCCUUCGCAAACUUUAAGGACUCGGGGCCGGCGUCCGGCGACGACGACGUCGGGGGCUUCGGGGAUUUCGCCAGAAUUCCCUCGGAAGCUCAGGAUGCAGCAGCAGCUGACGCAGCCCUGGGUGCUGAUUUCCUCGCCGGAGUCUCCUCUGAGCUGCGGGGAGAGGCCACAGAUGACUUCGGAGAGUUCCAAAGUGAAAAACCAAAAAUCAGCAAGUUCGACUUCUUGGUGGCAACUUCCCAAGGCAAGGUGAAAUCCAGUGAGGAGAUGAUCAAGAGUGAGCUGGCCACCUUUGACCUGUCUGUGCAAGGGUCUCAUAAGAGGAGCCUGAGCCUGGGGGACAGAGAAAUCAGCCGCUCCUCACCUCUGCCAGCUCUGGAGCAGCCGUUCAGGGACCGCUCGAACACGCUGAGCGAGAAGCCAGCCCUGCCCGUGAUCAGGGACAAGUACAAGGACCUGACGGGGGAGGUGGAGGAGAGCGAGAGGUACGCCUACGAGUGGCAGAGGUGCCUGGAGAGUGCCCUGCAGGUCAUAAAGAAAGCAAACGACACCUUAAAUGGAAUCAGCAGUUCAUCUGUUUGCACUGAAGUUAUCCAGUCUGCUCAAGGCAUGGAGUACUUACAGGGGGUUGUUGAAGUCUACAGAGUAACCAAGAGGGUGGAGCUGGGCAUCAAAGCAACUGCAGUGUGCAGUGAGAAGCUGCAGCAGCUGCUGAAGGACAUUGAUAAAGUGUGGAACAACCUGAUCAGCUUCAUGUCCCUGGCUGCUCUAACGCCAGAUGAAAACUCCCUGGAUUUCUCUUCUUGUAUGCUGCGCCCAGGGAUUAAAAAUGCCCAGGACCUUGCCUGUGGAGUGUGUCUCCUAAACGUGGAUUCCAGAAGCAAAAAAGAAGAGAAACCUGUGGAAGAACUUCCCAAAAAAGCCUUUAAUUCCGAGACAGAUAACUUCAAGCUGGCGUACGGAGGGCACCAGUACCACGCCAGCUGUGCCAACUUCUGGAUCAACUGCGUGGAGCCCAAACCUCCAGGUCUCAUCCUGCCAGACCUGCUCUGAAAGCAGGUGGAGCCUUGGCUCUGAUCGUGCAGGACCUGGGGUAACUGCUGUGGUUGGUGGAGGGGCUGGAGUCAGGGUUUGAAAUGUUUGGGGUGGAUUUUUGGUCCAGAAAUCGACGGAUUGAAGCCACUGUUACAGAUGGUGAAGGAUUCACUUGUAAUGGCCAAGGUUUCAGAGGUAACUGGAAAAUAUGGCAAAAAAAAAAAAAAAAGUGGCAUUUCAGUGUCUCUGAAGAUGAAAACGUUAUCCUGUGUAGAAGCAGCCUGGUAACCACGUGCAUAAACCUGGGAGAUGCCAGCAUGGAGCUUCCCAGAGAACCUGGAAUGCUGGGCUGAUUUGCAUGGGAACAACCACUUAAAUACUUGAAGUCUGUGUUUGCAAGCAAAUCUUCCCCUUAACGUUUUUGGGACACGGACCUUGAUGUUCUUUAAGCAUUUUCUGCUGUGAUAUCACAGCACAUGAGUCACAGCAGCACCGAGGCAGAAUGAAUUAUUGACUCAGAAGAAGCUGCUGGGUGUUUGUACUUCCACUGCUCUGUGUUGGGAGCUGUGCUGGAUGCAGGACUGGUUAGUGCUGGAAGGUGAGGCCUGGAAAACUGCUGUAAUUUGUAAUUUUCCCUGUGCUGUGUGGAUUCUGUAGUGCAGGCAGCUGGAGUUUAAAACUCACAGUCUUUGUUGUAAAUACAGUUAAACUUCCCUGGAUUUGUCCUGAGCUCCAGGUAUGAUUUUGUCCCUCCUGACCUUUUGGGAGCUGCGUGGCUGCAGCGCUGCUGAGGGCUGGACUCUGCUGAUGCGGCACAUCUGCUGCUGUGUAGAAUCUUUACCUUUUUUGGCUGUGGAGAUGCUGUUCCUGAUGGGAUGGGAUGGCUGUGUGUGCAGUCUGCUGCUACCUGUAGCAACGUGUUCCUGUGACUCAGAGCUGGCAGCACAAGGUGGCCCCUGGCUGCUGCAGCAGGGAUUUAACACCCAAAGGGAUUUAACCCUGGGAUUUGGUGGGCUCAGCGAGCUGUGUUUGAAGCAGGGAUUGUGUCCCUGAUGGUUUGUGGCUUUUGUAGGUGCUUCUGUGGACAGGUUUGUGUCACAGACUCUCACUAAAUGUUACCUGUGCAUCUGCUGGUUCCUCCUUCAGCUCCAAUAUCCAGAGGACAGUGCCGUCAAUGGAGUGCUGGUUACAGGAUUUUAAACCUGUGGGAGCUUCAUGGUGUUACAAGAAUCAUCCCAUGAGCCUGUCUAUGUCUGCAGGGAAUGAAGUGGGGUGUAAAUCCAUAGGGUACAACUUUCUCCUUGGUUCUUUGGCUCAGUCUUUCAGAUCUGUCGCUUUCCUCCAGAGAUCUCAACAGCUUCUCCAAGUUAAUCCUGCCCCCAUUACAAGUACCUGACACUGACCUGUGGUUAUUUGCUGAAACAGAAAUUACAAUGAGGAAAACGAUGCUUUGUAUUUAAAAAACAAGCAGGCUUAGUUAUAUGAAACUAUUAAUUAGCCCAAAUGAAAGAAUCUUGGCACAGAGGUGUCUGGCUCCUUCCUUACACCAAUUACAAUAAAUCUCCUUGCUGCCUCAAAUUAGCUCAUUCAUGAAAUAAAGCACCCUGUGCCUCCAGCUGAUCCAGAGGCAGAUUUCCCAUGCUGUGCUUCCCACAUCCUGCCCAGGAAUUACCAAAAAACCAGCGAGGCAACUCCUUGCUUCUCUCCCUUUCAUUUAUUAGGUGGGACAGAGCUCCAGCACCACGGCUUGUGCCCACAGCCCUCGUUUUCCAGCUGCUGUGCCCCUCACCAGUGUUCCCACAGCAGUUUGUGGACAGGGAGCCACUGGCAGGUGUUCUCCAGUGGUUGGGAGAGGCUGGGGCUGAGGGAAUGCUGUGUUGGGAAAAGGGAGUUUACUGCCAGCCUGGGUUUCCACCACAGCUCCACAACACUUUGCUAGAGAGGAAUUUCCCCCCCCAGUUUAAAGGAAAUGCCACAAAUAAGAGGUCAUGGUGUGAAAUUUAAAGCCCCAGCUGUAUUGUCACAGGAGCAUCUUCCAGUGCUGAUUUUUCUGGACGUGUUACCGGGUCAGCCCCUCUCUGAGCUGCAGCCGAGGUGUCUUCUGGACCAUAAAAAAAGGAAUGGACAUUUUCAAUUCCAGCUGCAGCAGAGCUCACCGAAGGGUGACACUGCUGCUCUCCUGCUCCCACAGCAGGGCGAGCAGCAGGCACCACGCCUGGCCUUGUGGGGAGCAGGAAGGGCUCUGCUCCCAGCAGCUUCAGCCAGGGGAGCACAGGGAGGGUUUGCGUGGAGAUCCCCUCGAUAAAGGCAUUGCACAAGGAGGAUCAGCUGCAGCUCCCAGUCAUUCCAGUGACUCACUGGAGCAUUCGGCAUCCUCUGGGAUGUUGUUGCCAGCCAAAGCCCAGUGUCCUUCCAAGCUGUGUCCAAGGUGACAGGAUUGUCACAGCCCACCUUCCCCCGCUGCCUCUGCUGCAGGCCCCUGGACACGCUGCCUUCCCUUUGCUUGUGUCCAGUUUCAGACCUCUGACUCCAUUUCCUGCAUGGAUUCUCUCACUGGAAAAGAGAAGCGAGAUUUUAUUUGUGUUUUGUUUUUUUUUAAUCUAUGUGUAGAUAGAUGAAAGGGGCUGCCCCGGCCCGUGGAAAGUGGGGUUUCUGUCUCUUUGUGUAUAUUUGGAGUUCUGAGGAAAUAUUUGCUCGCUUAUUUAAUGUAUUUACAGCUUAACCCCGUUGUGUUCCUGGUGCUUCUGUGCCUGGUGCUGGCGCUGCUCCAGCCUCCUCCCUGCCCCACUUUCCUGGUGUUUGGCUGUGAGUCCCUGCAGCCCCUCCGAGGUCACCUGUGCCCUGGGAAUUGUCACCUCCUGCACUCACCGUUCCUCCCCAGGACCCUUCCUCCCUGGCAGCAGCUUCUCCUGGCUGGGUUUGGUGGGAGCAGCUCCUUCCCGGAGAUCCCUGCAGGGUGUGGGAGCGGGGUGAAGUUCAGCCCCAGGCUGAGCAUGGAAACCCCUGGAAUGCUCCGAGUCCUGUCAGCUCCACUGGGAAUCAGAAACUUGAAACAAAACCUGCCUUUCCAAUAAAAGCUGCUAUUGUACAAACUGCUGCUUUGGAUUUACUUUUAAUUCCGCACCUGUAUUUAAUUCCAGUUCUCAGUGUUAAAAUAGGAAUGUCGUAAUUUUAUGAAGAAGAGCGAUCAGAAAAACUCCUCUUUCUAUUGUGAUUCUUCUCCUGCCCUCGGGGCAAAUGUUGUUUUUCUUCCAGAAGUGGUUUUGUGAUUAUUAGUUGGAGCGGUUUGGGUUUGUGCUGUGCUAGAGUUGCUGCUGAUAUUUUAAAUCCAAUGAGAGUAAGUGUUAUUAAUUGACUUUAGUACCUUGUUUACUCCCUUAAUUCCUGCAAUGAUUUAUAAAUCCUGUGUUGAGAUUCAAACCUGGUGUUCAAUAAAAAGCUCGUUUCAUAUCUGA